GCCAGCUCCAACACCGAGAUGACUCCAGUGUGAGAGCUCACCAGGAAGAGGACGAAGACGACUCUCCUCGCGCCCAGCCCCGCACCCACCAGCGGGGGUGCGAGCCCCGCUGUCAGCCCCGCACGCCAAUCAGGCAGCCUGCCUGCCUUCCUGUAGGUGUGUCCGGCUCACCUGGGAGCCGCGGUGCUGAUGACAUACCUGCAGCCCUGCGGGAAGCGCAGAGAUCUGAGUCUGCUGUAGCCCAGGGCAGGGGGGUCCCAGCCUGAGCGGUGCUGGGGGUAGCGUUGGCCCCGGCCCGGCCGCCGCAGAAAUCAGCAAGGGAAGUAUCACUCCCUUGGAAGCUUGCAGCACUGCUGGGGAAGCCUGGAAUUCUGCAGUAGCUGAAAGACAGCGUCAUGCCUUUCAUGCAUCAGUUGAAAUGAGCAUCAGCCCACUGGAUUCUGCAGAGGGAGCAGAGCUCAGCACACCUGCGGACUGUCUUUCUGCUCCAGGAGAAGCAGCAGAAAUGCCAGGCAGACCCUCAAAUCCUGUACAAAAAGUGCCAGCAGUACUGGAACAAGAGCAUGGUGAUGCAGAUCCUCAUAAGAGACUCUCAGAAUGGGAUGGAGAAAUGAUUUUAGAGGGUGAACUGGAUUGUUCAUUAAAACUUAAGCAAGGGGAACUGGCUGACCUGGAAAGCAACCAGGGCUUUUCCUAUCUCAGCCCAAUCCAGGAUGGACCAGCUAAUGGCAGUGCCAUCCCACAGUCUGUGGACCUCAGCACUGAAUGUUCUCAUUCCCAUACAGAACUGGGUUUUCAUGUCUCAGAUCCUCAGGCCCAGUAUCAAAAAUCUCCUUUGGCUGAUAACAUUUCCUCUCAGAGAGAGGCACCUAAGUGCUUCUUGGUUUUUAAAACGAUUUCGGAGGGGCACUAUAAGGCUGAGCCAUCUCUGGAUAAGGUAGAAUCUUUGCAGGAGAUUGAUGCUAGUGCAGAGCAGAAGCAAAACAGCAAAAAGGUGGCACUGGCAAUUGAUGAACGGCCUACCUUGGAGACAGCAGCAGAGGACAUGGCUAAAAGUUGCACUUCUGAAGAUGGUAAGGAAAGCAGAAGAGUGCUCCAGAGUUGGGAAGAAAAUACAGAGUCUUGCUAUCAAUUGACUUCCACCUUAACAAAUGACAGCCAAAUAAGCUCACUACAAACAGGAGGAAACAUCUCAGCUUGUGAAAUAAGUAGUAGCAAGGUGUUCAAAGACCAGCAAUCAGUAAUGAUUCCUAAGGAAAACCCAUCCACUUCUGAAUGCAUUCAUAUUGAAGAUGAUUGCAGAAAAACAGACAGCAGACCUACCUCUUCAGUAUCAUGUGUUUUCUACAAAAAGGAUACUGCUAAAAAACCUAAACGAAUGAAUACUUCACAACAUAAGGAAACAGCACAGAAGGAAGCAGUGGCUGAACUUCAGCAGGAACAAGAGAAGAAAGAGUGCAAAGACCAGAACAUGCAAGAAGAAGGAAAAUUUUUGAAGCCCAAAAAGCAAGAAAAAAAGGAACAAAAUGAACAGGAACAGCAACAACAGAGGGAAGAGCUCAGAUUGAAGACGAUGGCAUCAACUCUCCUUUCAGAGACACUUUAUAUGCCCAGGCAUAAAGUGGACUUCUGUAGUUUGGAAAAUGUCUUCUUGGCUGAGCAAACUGGAACAGCACUUCCUGGGGAAUGUGAUUUCAUGAGAGAGCAUCUUGGUGAGAGUGUGCUGCUCAAAGCUCAAGUCACAGCAGUGAGUUCUAGAUGUCAGACACCUUUUGCCAGCCCUUUCCCAUCAGAGAGCCUGAACCUAAUGGGUGAAGUUCCAGUGGUGCCUCUGCACGUGUACCAUAUCUCUGACCUGGAAGAGCUGGAAGACACUGUCCGCUUUUCCAUGACCAGUCAAAAUAGUGUAGAAGUUGACAGGGAUGACAACAUAAAGCUGGGUGGGAAGGGUGAGCACAGUGGUGAACCUGGAAAGGCUGCCCAGAUAUUUGACAAAGGAGAAGCUCCACACUGUGGAGGAGUGGCAGCACCUUCUAGCAUAGAGGGCCGUGAGGCUUCUGUUCAAGUAUAUUCCUCCACUGGUACUGAGAAGAUGGACCCAAAAGAUCCUGUGGAUUCUCAUCCCAUUGCAGAAAACUUACGAAAAGCUGAGUUUUGUGACUUUGUUUCAAAUUUACCCUUAAAGCUCACUUUUGUGGCUUCGAUGUCUGGCCCACAGCAAGAGGACGUUGGUGGAGGAGCCCUGGUGAACCCUAAGGACUGUCCUAGUUCCAGCUUGAAUAAAUUGUCAUACUCUAUAGAGAAGCAUGCUAACCAAGCUGUUUCUGUGUGCAUGCAGGAUUUGGCAUCAGUGGAAACUAUUGUUUUAACUGCUGAUCCAGAGGAGGGCAGUGGUUCCUAUGAACUGCUUGCUCCUGAGGAAGACUUUCGUGAAGACCUUAGUGUCUCAUCUUCUUUCUCUGUAGUAUAUACAAGCUCUCUUCCUGCAAAGAAGAGCCUUCCUGGGGACAGAGAAACACUGUUUUUUGUUACAGAGCCUCUGGAAUCAACUCAAACAUGGGUCAGGAAUUCCACUACCUUGAACCAACCAGGAACAAUUCUUCAGUACCAAGAUCCACCAGAAGAAAGUGCCAUUAUGCAAGAAAAUGAAACUGGAACAAAUGUGUUUCACAAAGCACAACAGAUACCUUUAUUUGAUCAGUCUGACUGGAAUCCUGGAUCUAGAAUCUCAAGCAUCCUGAGCACCCUAACUUGGCCCCCUGAAGGAGAUACGGUCCUUGCUGUAAACCAGGGAGGACGACCUCUGUCUCCUAAGCCUAACACAAGCCUAACUCUGGUGUCUGAGCCUGAUGCCAAACACCUUCCUUCCCAUGUCCCAAGCCCUGUUCAAGCUCAGGCCCCUGCACCUAAUGACAGUCACUGUGUCCAGGCUCUAGCUCUUGAGAGUCAUGAGACACUGACUCCUGUACCCAACUCCAAGCCACAUCUGAACUGUAAUAUGGACGAUCAUGACUUACUAGCCCUUACUAUAAGCCAUCCUUUAUGGACUGCUGCUAUUGUAUCUGAUGCUAGCACUGCCAACUUUUCUCCUGAUAAAAGUCUUACAGACGAAGUUGUCUUUGUUCCAGCAACUAAAGAGCACAAUUUCUGUGACUUGGGUAUCCGAGAUACAGAGACUUCUAAUGACUCAGGGGUCAGUUUGUUGGCCAAAGGCUUUUCUGCUGUUGGAAAUGAGGCAUUGGCCAGCUGUUCUGACACCAGCACUGAAACAGUGAUUCAGCAUGAGAGUAUACAGUGUGAAAAAUCCUCACCUGACCACCUUUCUUGGUCCUCAUUGGAAGAUUUGGGAACAUUCACAGACUCAGAGAGCAGAGACUCUGUACAUUCCCUUCCAAUGCUAGCAUUCACCAAUCCAAUUCACUUUCUCCAGCUAAGCCCUCCAUCACCACCAACUGCUCAAACAAUCUGCCAAGAAGCUGAGGUAUCAGGAGAGCUGCAGUGGGUGCAGCGGACAGACCUCUUUGAUGUGGACACAAAGAACAUCCACGCUUCAACAAUUACAGAGAAAGCAAAAAGUGAGGGAAGAGUAAAACAAAGGCUAGAAGGACAAGAAAAAUACCGUUUGGUAUCUCAAUCAAAAGAAGUACCAAAACAUUUACCUUUGGAAAAAUCAUCAAGCUGGCCAGACAAAAAAACAAUUGGGGUAGUUGCAAAAGAGCCAAAAACCAGUCAAGAAAGUCUGAGUAAGUGCAGAGUGAAAAGCAAGGACUGGCACCGUCAGGGCCUAAAAAGGAUAUCUGUACCACCAGACAUCUUUCAGGAAGUCUGUCCUGUUCAUUCAGAGGAAGAAGUACACAAGGUGCACAGGGAACCACCAGUCAAUUCAGAAACAGUUAUAUUGCGAGAAAAGAAACCUGCAGACUCAAUGGGGACCUUCAAACGUCGGCACUCCAAACUCAUCAACUCCUCGAAGUUGCUGUAUCAGGAAUACAGUGAUGUGGUUCUGAACAAGGCCAUUCAAAGCCAGAAGAGAGUGGAUUCUUUUACAGAGGAUACAGAAUCGAGUUUGCCAAGCUCCCCGAGGCUACGAAGGAAAGUGUUGUCUCCCCAGGACUCAUAUUUGCAACGUCUGUCAGUGUCAUCAAACGCAUCCCUCUGGCAGGAUAUCCCCAUGAUCCGGGGCAGCAGAAUAUUACUCAAUAUGUCCCGUGAUGAGCAGAAGCUGCAAGAGGCCAAAUUUGAGUUGAUAAUGUCUGAGGCUUCCUAUCUGCGCAGUUUAAAUGUGGCAGUGGAUCACUUCCAGCGAUCAACAGAACUCCAGGCAAUUCUCAGCAAUCAGGAGCGUCAGUGGCUUUUCUCACGCCUUCAGGAUGUACGUGAUGUCAGUGCCAGUUUCCUUUUUGACUUGGAAGAGAAGUUUGAAGAGGACAUGUUCACCUUCCAUGUAUGUGAUGUGGCUCUGAAACAUGCUCCUGAGUUCCGCAGGGUCUAUCUACCAUAUGUAACAAACCAGACAUACCAGGAGCAAACCUUCCAGCGGUUACUGAGUGGAAAUGCAGGAUUUCAACAAGUCCUGGAAAGAUUGGAAAGUGAUCCAGUAUGCCAGCGCCUCUCACUUAAAUCCUUCCUCAUCCUCCCUUUCCAGCGCAUCACUCGACUUAAACUCCUCCUGCAGAAUAUCCUGAAGAGAACUCGGCCUGGGUCUGAGGAGGAAGUGCAAGCAACACAGGCCUAUGAUGCACUUGAAAAGCUCAUCAAAGACUGCAAUGAAAAUGUUCAACGCAUGAAAAGCACUGAAGAGUUGAUUUACCUCAGCCAGAAGAUAGAAUUUGAGUGCAAGAUAUUCCCACUCGUUUCACAGUCAAGGCGACUAGUGAAGUGUGGUGAAUUAACAGCGCUGGACUUCAAUACUCCAAGUCCAAAAUGGAAAGUCACCACGCGUCCUAUCUGCCUACAUCUCUUCAAUGACUGUCUGCUCCUAUCUCGGCCAAAGGAGGGUGGACGUUUUGUUGUGUUUGAUCAUGCUGCUUUCUCAGAUGUGCGUGGGGAAAAGUGUGAGAUGAAACUGCAUGGAACAAACAAAAAUGUUUUCCGUCUCUUUCUACUUCAGAAUUGCCAGGGAAAGAGAGUGGAGUUUCUAUUUCGCACAGAGACACACAGUGAGAAACUGAGGUGGAUCUCUGCUUUGGUUCCUCCACAAGGGGAAUUGGACCUCCUGGAAUGUCCUGAUGCACCACAGGUUCAAUGCAUAAGGAUGUACAAAGCUCGGGAAAAUGAUGAGCUAGCUUUGGAGAAAGCAGAUAUCAUCAUGGUUAUGCAAUACAGCAAUGAUGGAUGGAUGGAAGGAGUGAGACUUUCAGACAGGGAGAGGGGAUGGUUCCCCUCAGAACAUGUGGAGCUCAUCUCCAGCAAACAUGCACGGCAGAAGAACCUGAAAGAAGAACAACGUGUGAAGAAUGCCAAGCAGCAAGUCUUCUGCAGGAAAUAAUUCUACCUUGCUUGAACCUGUGCAGUCUCUCUGCUACAGAGAAACCAUCUUUUUUCUAUUGUUUCUAGGAAUAAGCACCUCUGCAAAGAGUGUAUUACAGAUGAAUCUUUUGCCAAAGAAAGUGGGAAUUCAACCGGGAAAAUAUAUUCACUUCCUUCCUGUCACCAGAAUCACAGCAGCAGAAGGGAAAAAUGUUGCAUGUAUUGCUUGCUUUGUGUUAGUAGGGAGUGACUUUAAUUGUACAGAGCAAUGGAAUCUGGAUUCCUGGAAAUGUAUUCUGAUUUUACCACUGGCAAGUUACUUCAGAAUUCUGCCUUAGUUUUCCUAUCUGUGAAAUGGGUUUAUACUUACCUACCUCACUGGAUGUUGUGAGGCUAAAUUGAUUAUUAUUAGCCUACUGAGAGCUUUGAGUUUCUGAGAAAGAAGGCGCUAAGCACAAAGCACAACAUAAGAUGAGGAAAAUUUUCCAUUUGAAUAUCCUCUUCAUGUCUUGAGAGUAUUGAUCUCCUUUCUAUAAUUUCUACUUGGAACAAUGGAUCUAUUUGAUCAUA